UUUGGGAACGUCCCCAUUUUUGUCCCCGUCCCCUCCCAGCUCCCGAAUUUCUUCCUGAAGAUCCCGGAUUACGGGUUGUACUCCCACGAUGUGGAGUUCAUCAACCACCUGCUGCACCUGCACACCAGGGGCCGUCCCAUGUACCAGGUGGCCGUGGCUCUGUGCCGGGCGCUGGCCUGGGGUUACUUUGCCAGCCUGAGGCUGGAGGUGCUGGCGCUGACCCGGCACCCCGAGGACUGGAGCGUCCGCGCCCGCUGGAGGCUCACGGGGGUGCCCCUGCACCUGCUGCUGCUGCGCUUCUACCGCAGGGACAAGAGGCAGCUGCUCAG